UAGGAUCGACUCGGGGACUGGCCUGGGCUGUAUAAAUGGAUGAGGUGAUGGCAAUUCAAUCGAUCUGACUUGUGAAGGACUCUCUCGUCUUUCUCCCUCCCUGCUUCAUUCUCGCACCUCUGUCGACCUCUCACCCAUUGAUCCAAUCGUCUCACCUCAUCUGUCCAAUCUCUUCUUAUCAAGCUUCUUCCAAGAGAAAGAGAAUAUGGCUCCCACUGCUAUCUCCCCUUCGCAACCUGAUGUCCAGGAUUAUGAUAAGAUCCUGUCUGCUAAAGCGAAUGGCGCUUUGAACUUGAAGGCUAAUGGUGCUGAGUAUGCUGACAAGAUUCUGGAGGACUAUGAGGGCAAGUAUCAGUUUGCGCCGAUUGAGGAGGCGGAGGUGUCUCGCGCAAUGAUCAAAAGGUACUUCACGACAAUGUACGAGCGCGCCAUCUCGGACGUCGUCAUCGUUGGUGCUGGCAGCGCAGGUCUCUCCUGCGCAUACCACCUCGCCAAAACGCGCCCAGACUUGAAAAUAACCAUCCUAGAAGCGAAUGUUGCACCUGGCGGCGGAGCGUGGUUGGGUGGACAGCUGAUGUCGCCGAUGGUGGUGAGGAAACCUGCGGAUAGGUUUUUGCAGGAGAUUGGCGUGCCAUUUGAGGAUGAGGGGAACUUUGUGGUUGUGAAACAUGCGGCGUUGUUUACGUCGACUAUUUUAUCGAAGGUGUUGGCGUUCCCGAAUGUCGUGUUGAUGAAUGCAACGGCCGUUGAAGACCUCAUCAUCCGCUCUGACUCCUCUGGUUCACAAAGGGUCGGUGGUGUAGUAACGAACUGGACGCUCGUAGCACUCAAUCAUGACACGCAAUCCUGCAUGGACCCGAACACCAUCACUGCGCCAGUCGUCAUCUCCGCUACAGGUCACGAUGGCCCCAUGGGCGCCUUCUCCGCGAAACGCCUCGUCAGUGCGGGACUACUGAAGGAGUUGGGUAAUAUGAGGGGGUUGGAUAUGAAUCGUGCGGAACCGGCGAUUGUGAACCGGACGAGGGAGGUCGUUCCUGGAUUGAUUAUGACUGGUAUGGAACUCUCAGAGCAUGAUGGCUCAAACCGUAUGGGUCCAACCUUUGGUGCAAUGAUGGCGAGUGGGAUUAAAGCUGCCCAUGAAGCUAUUCGUGUGCUUGAUAAUUCGAAGGUUGUGAAUGGGAAGAUUGUUAUUUGAGGUAUUUGUUGAGUGUCUGGUAUUGUGAUGGAGGUGAAAAAAGGGAAAUGUGGAAUUUUAAACGUUAAAUAUCAAGUGCAAGUAUUUACUGUAUAUACAUACAGCCAUUUCCAAAUACAAUGUCACAUGCAGGUGUCACAUGCUUUUGUCACACUUUUACUAAAAGUAAG